GCCUCCGCCUAUUGCAGAAAAAUUUCUUUGCACUUGCAAAACAAUAAUAAUCAGUUUAGUACAAUAAUAAUAGAAACACAACGACGAGAAGCAGCGAAAAAGCGGAAGAAACAUGUUUCGAUCAAGUUUUGACAAAAACUUAGAAAAUGCCACGAGCCACUUGCGAUUGGAGCCCGACUGGCCCUCGAUUCUACUCAUCUGCGAUGAGAUCAAUCAGAAAGAUGUCACUCCCAAGAACGCCUUUGCUGCCAUCAAGAAGAAGAUGAACUCCCCCAAUCCGCACUCAAGCUGCUAUUCCCUUUUGGUCCUCGAGAGCAUCGUGAAGAACUGUGGAGCCCCCGUUCACGAGGAGGUCUUUACCAAGGAGAACUGCGAGAUGUUCAGCAGCUUCCUGGAGUCCACACCCCACGAGAACGUGCGCCAGAAGAUGCUGGAACUGGUGCAGACCUGGGCCAACGCCUUCCGAUCCUCGGACAAAUAUCAGGCCAUCAAGGACACCAUGACCAUCCUGAAGGCCAAGGGACACACCUUCCCCGAGCUUCGCGAGGCGGAUGCCAUGUUUACGGCGGACACGGCUCCCAAUUGGGCGGAUGGCAGGGUGUGCCAUCGCUGUCGCGUAGAGUUCACCUUCACCAACCGGAAGCACCACUGCCGGAAUUGCGGCCAGGUCUUCUGUGGCCAGUGCACCGCCAAACAGUGCCCGCUGCCCAAGUACGGAAUCGAGAAGGAGGUGCGAGUGUGCGACGGCUGCUUCGCUGCCCUACAGCGUCCGACAAGCGGCAGCGGCGGAGUGAAGACCGGAACGCGUCCGGCGGAUAGCGAACUGCCGGCGGAGUAUCUAAACAGCACCCUGGCUCAGCAGGUUCAGACACCAGCCCGCAAGACCGAGCAGGAGCUUAAGGAAGAAGAGGAACUGCAACUGGCCCUGGCACUCAGUCAAUCGGAGGCGGAGCAACAGAAGCCCAAGCAGCAAUCCCAAUCAUCAGCAGCUACUGCCUAUCGCAUGCAGCAACGAUCUCCCAGCCCGGAGGCACCGCCCGAGCCCAAGGAGUAUCCACAGCAACCGGAGGAGGCCACCAAUCCGGAGCUGGCCAAGUAUUUGAACCGCAGCUACUGGGAGCAGCGGAAGAUCAGCGAGUCCUCAUCGAUGGCCAGUCCCUCGGCUCCGAGUCCCAUGCCACCGACUCCGCAGCCCCAGCAGAUUAUGCCCUUGCAGCCCAAGAGCGCGGAUGAGGUGCAGAUCGAUGAGUUUGCCGCCAAUAUGCGCACUCAGGUGGAGAUAUUUGUGAACCGCAUGAAGUCCAACUCGAGUCGUGGGCGCAGCAUCUCCAACGAUUCCUCUGUGCAGACCCUCUUCAUGACUCUGACUUCGCUGCACUCCCAGCAGUUGUCCUAUAUCAAGGAGAUGGACGACAAGCGCAUGUGGUACGAGCAGCUGCAGGAUAAGCUUACCCAGAUUAAGGAUUCGAGGGCCGCGCUGGAUCAGCUGCGACAGGAGCACGUGGAGAAGCUACGCAGGAUUGCCGAGGAGCAGGAACGCCAAAGGCAGAUGCAGAUGGCCCAGAAGCUGGAUAUCAUGCGCAAGAAGAAGCAAGAGUAUCUGCAGUAUCAACGCCAGUUGGCCCUGCAGCGCAUCCAGGAACAGGAGCGGGAAAUGCAGCUGCGUCAGGAGCAGCAGAAGGCGCAGUAUUUGAUGGGUCAAUCGGCUCCGCCAUUCCCGUACAUGCCACCGUCGGCGGUGCCGCAACAUGGAUCGCCUUCGCAUCAGAUGAACAACGUUUAUAAUCCAUAUGCUGCCGGAGUGCCCGGUUAUCUGACUCAAGCUCCACCCCAAGCUGCCAACGGACAUGGCCAGUUCCAGGCCAUUCCGCCGGGCAUGUACAAUCCGUCGAUGCAACAGCCGAUGCCGCCGAAUCUUCAGCAACCUGGGGGAUUGAUGCAGCAACCAGCGCCCCCAGGAAAUGGCCAGAUGAUGCCGCCUAUGUCCGACAAUCAAUUCGCCAACAAUCCAGCAGUCCUUCAGCAGCCUCCAGCUCCGCAGCCGCAACAGCAUUCGAUCCCGCAGCCUCCACAAAUUCCAUUUCAACAAACGGCUCAGCAAAUUCCUGGACAGCAGCAACAGCAAAUUCCUGGUCGGCAGCCGCAGCAACUUCCUGGACAACAACCUCAGCAAAUCCCGAUUCAGCAGCCUCAACCACAACUGGCUCACGUUAUGCUUCAGCAGCAGCAGAUUGUGCAGACCCAUCCGCCGUUGGCCAAUCAGGCGCCUCAAGCUCCGCAGGCACCCCCAGUCUCCGAAAUCGUCGCUAGCCAAGUCCAAGCCGUGGCUGCUGCACCUGCUCCACCUCAAAACGAACCAGGACCCGCGCCUGCCAAAGCCGAAGAGCCAGCCACAGCGGAACUAAUAAGUUUCGAUUAAUCCAAUGUUAUUUCUUUUGUAUUAUCCUACGGAGUUGGGUCAAACAGUUCUCGUGUGGAUAUCAUGCCAAAAAAUGUAUGUUUCGUUAAGGAUAUUGGUUCCACUGUUCCAGUUUUAAACGAACCAUUUUAAAUGUUCAAGGAAUACCAAAAUUUUUUAGUUCAUUGCGGUUAUUAGUUACUAUUCCAAAAGCUUUCGUUACGAGAAAAGAAUAUGCUAAAUUUUAAGUUAAGUGCAAAUUUAAGAAGAUUAAUGAAUACAAAGACAUUUAGAAAAUGCUAUGCGAGAUCUGUUUAAGCCGAAGUCAGCUCUUUUAUCAAGUUUUAACCAUCUAAUGUUAUCCCAAAAUAAAACCUAACUUUGUAUUUUG